UGGUGGCUCUGUGGGAUCGUAAGCUUCAGAAAGCUCGGAUCGUUGGCCCUGAUAAAUCCGGGAGAUAGGCCACCGAGAUCAGUUCUCAUCCAGCCUCAGAUCUUAGCACAUCAACAUCAUGCAGACCGUUCGAUUCGGAUCUCCUUGGAUUAUGGCCAUCGGACUGGUGCUACUGGUGGCACUCGUCUCCGCCGGAAAGUCGCGUCAGCGUUCGCCAGCCAAUUGCCCCACCAUCAAGCUGAAGCGUCAGUGGGGCGGCAAGCCUUCGUCGGGACUCCACUACCAAGUGCGUCCCAUCCGCUACGUGGUCAUCCACCACACGGUCACCGGCGAGUGCAGCGGACUGCUCAAGUGCGCCGAAAUUCUCCAGAACAUGCAGGCGUAUCAUCAGAACGAGCUGGAUUACAACGAUAUUAGUUACAACUUUCUGAUCGGCAACGAUGGUGUCGUAUACGAGGGCACUGGUUGGGGAUUGCGCGGUGCCCACACCUAUGGAUACAAUGCCAUUGGCACGGGCAUAGCCUUUAUCGGCAACUUUGUGGAUAAACUCCCAUCGGAUGCGGCUCUCCAGGCGGCCAAAGAUCUGCUGGCCUGCGGAGUGCAGCAGGGGGAGCUGAGCGAGGAUUACGCCCUGAUCGCUGGCUCCCAGGUGAUCAGCACCCAGAGUCCCGGACUGACGCUAUACAACGAGAUCCAGGAGUGGCCGCACUGGCUCUCAAAUCCCUAAAUCAACUACAAGGAAUAGCAGUUGUCUGCCAGCGUGAGCACAUCAGUUUAGUAAAGUAAUUAAUCCAAUGUUGUUGAGUAUUUUUUUGCGGUUUUUAUUUUAUAAUUUUCUAUUUUGUUUUCUGUCAUAAUUUACAAAAAUGUGUCGGACAUAAAAAUAUAUAUGAAUAUAUAGGUAGCCUAUGGGUGCCCACGUGUUAUGCUUUUAUACGUAACUUUUGUGUGCAGGCGAAAACAACUGAUCGGGUUAAUUGGAGGGUAUAUGGAAAGGGUUUAUGGAAAACGCUACAAAUAGUGUUUGGCGUUGGCUUGUUGAAUUGGUGUUUUUAAUAACUAGGGUCUUUAUACUAACUUUAGGC